CAGUGCUCUGCUCAGCCCGGCAGGGAAGAUGUCAAAGUCCUCCUCGCGGCUGGGUCGACCCGGAUCAGCUGGGUCUAAGAGCCCCAGCUUGAGGAAGGAACCGCAGAGUAAUCGCUCAUGCAUGCUACGGAUCGGAGAGAGGCUGAUGAGGGCAGGCAGCGAGGGGAACCUGGUCCAGCGACCCAUUCCAGCACAGAGCCAGGCUUCCUCAGCUGGCUUAGGGCAAGGGACGAAUGACCAGACACAAGCUCCAGCCCGGGACAAACCCACUGAGCAUACAGGAAAUAACUCCAACAAAGAUCCAGGAACCUCCCCAUCCAGAGUAUCUUCUUCUUUUUCCGCUGCAGUGGACGGCAGCACUGAGUGUGUGCCACAGAAGAAACUACACACUAACAGCAGCCUGCUGUGUAACCCGGACUUCACCUCCUGUGCAACGGCUCCACGCUCUCCCAGCACCUUACCACGAAGCUACGUCACUGCCGCUCGUGCAAGCAGCAGGGACAGCCAGCUGGACAGCCUGAUGAUGCAGCACUCUGAUGUGGAGAGGAAGAAGGAGGUGUUUUUGGACCACCUGAGGCAGAAGUAUCCUCACCAUGCUGCCAUCAUCAUAGGACACCAGGAGCUCAUGAGGGAGCAGGCAAGGAGUCCUAGGCCCUCUGAAAGCAGUGUGGUGGGCUUGACAGAGCAGCAGGAUCCUCUGGCUUUAGAGACAAUGUCUGAUGGAGAGGUGCUGCCCCCCACAGUCCCCUUUACAAGGGGCUGUAAAGCCAGAGCAAGUCUACCUGUGGGCCGGUCAAGUGGUCAGACAAGAGAGAUGCCGCUUGGUGUGUUGUACCUGCAGUAUGGGGAGGAGACAAAGCAGGUCAGGAUGCCCGCUGAGAUCAGUAGUCGGGACGCUCUACGGGCUCUGUUUGUCACUGCCUUCCCUCAUCAGCUCACCAUGAAGAUGCUACAGUCUCCCAACAUGGCCAUCUACAUCAAAGACACCAGCCGCAACGUCUACUACGACCUGGAUGACAUCAGAAACAUCCCAUCCCACUCCUGUCUCAAGGUUUAUCAUAAAGACCUAGCUCAUGUGUUCAACCGCCAUGCCAGACCUGUCAACACAGGGGGAAGGAUCUCCAAAGAGGUGUUGUACGGCAGUCACAGUCCAGUCCACACCCUGUCCUCAUCCAGCCGCAGCACCCUGCACAGCCUGCAGGGCUCCAUGUCCCCACCCAUGGUCCGCUCCAUGCCCUCGUCCCCCUCCAGGAUGGCUUACGGCGGGGGGAACACAGGUGGGAGGACGGGGCUGGUAGAUCCAGGCAGUGCCACGUUACCACGGGAACGCCUGUCAGGGACAGGGCGAUCUAGCUCCCUCUGCACCAGCAGCAGUGCUAUACUGGAGAGGAGAGACGUCAAGCCUGAUGAGGACUUUGGCAGCAGUAAGAGCAUGGCCCUGGUGGUGCGUGGUGAAGGAGGUCCAUAUUACCCAGACUCCUACUGCUCCUCCCUGCAGGAUGGAGGAGGAGGUCGCCUCAGCAUUGCCUCCUCCCAGUGUAGCGCUCCUCCCUCUCUCACUGCAGACAUGGUGGAUGCCGGGGUCACAGGGAUCCCAGGGGGCUUGCAACAGUACCGGGCCUCCAUUAAACCCUUGAUGGGCUAUGGAGACAGCAUGGAGCACCAGACCCGCUCCCUCCACAGGCAGAAGAACAGGAAGUAUGGAGACAGCCAGCUUCCACCACUAGGAAUUAAAACCCCACCCCCUUCCCCUCACAGAGUCAAUGAAGUCAGGAUGACUGAGGGACAGAUCAUCGGAGGGGUGGGCCUGGUGUCUCCAGACAGGAUGUCUCCCAUUCGCCGGUCCCUGCGGCGGGACAGUAAUGGAGUCACAGUGGAGAUUGUGAACAGAAGUAGAGGGAGUGGCUCAUCGUCCUCUACCUCAUCUGUUUUUGUGGACAGCCCUCUGGGACAACCAGAGAGACUGUUUCAGGGUCACGUGCCUGCCAGCAAUGCCCAGAGUGAGAGAAUGAAAGCCAUGGAGGAGCAGAUAGCCAGUCUGGCAGGUCUAGUGCACAGUGCUCUGUCUAUGGGAUCAGAUAUUCCAGGAGUCAAAGACGCCAUCAGUGAGAGCUCUCAACGUAAACUCCUCAACAACAGACCUGGAGUAUCUUCUGAGCCUCAGAUCCCUGCUGCUGGGAUUGACAGCUUUAGUCCCGCCCCUCUGGCUCUUCAGGCCCCUCCCUCUGAUGGCGGAUUGCAGCAGAGCUUGGUGUUAGCAAAGAGAAAUGUGUUUGAGCUGCGACUGCAACUCAACCAACUCAAACACUUACAGCUGUCAAACCAGGAGAGUGUCAGUUCAAUGCUGCGGAUGGCAGGUCAGGAGCUGGCGGUGCUGAUGUAUGAUCGCCUGGCUCAGUCUGAGGAGGCAGUGUACAGACGGAGAGCAGAGAUGGAGGAGGAGAGGAUCCGCUACCUGGCUACAGAGGAGAGAAUACUUACACAGCUUCGUGAACUGGAGGACUAUGUGGAACAUUUGCAACAAAGCUCCGCCUCCAGUGCCGACCAGCCAUCAAUCACUCUGAGAGACGUGGAGGAGGGAGCAGUCAACCUGCGGAGGGUUGGAGAAACUCUGGCCAUCCUUAAAGGUGAGUUUCCAGAGCUACAGGUGAAGAUGCGCUCAGUGCUGAGGCUGGAGGUGGAGGCAGUGCGUUUCCUGAAGGAGGAGCCGCAUAAGAUGGACUCCAUGCUGAAGAGAGUUAAAGCCCUGACUGAAGCUCUCAGUUCUCUCCGCAGGUGUGUAUCAGAGUCAACCCCCCCAGCCAGAUCAGCUCAGGUGGAGCCUCUAAAGGUGCUGGAAACAGAUCAGGGACCCCUGAAGACCCAGAGCCCCCAGAGCUCCCCCAAACCUCAGCCUAGAUCCUCGGUCAGAGCUCCUCUUCCCAACCCGCCUCUCCCUGGGAGUCAGGCUGAGGUCAGUCCGGUGGGCUCAGCCUCCCCUGUCAUGGCCCGCAGAAUGAACGCAGCAGCAACAGUGAUCCAGCCCUCCCAUCAUCACCCCAGCCCCCCACUGACACCCACCCAUGGACGAGACUCACCCACUGUGGCCAAGGUGAGUCCUCGCAGCAGAGAGGGCAGCCCUGCCCUGCAGAAGAGACCGGGCCCACAGGAGAGCCACACUGAACAGACCACCGUAAAACACACAGAGACACAUACUGAGACUACAGAAAGACGAACUCCAGAGAACAGCCAGACGGUAGAAACUGGCAGUGUGGAUCAGUCCAACACCAGCCAAGCCAACCAGCCAGCCAGUGUUGACUCCAGUCAGCCUCCACCCCCCAGCACCAACACAAACUUUGACCAGGAACUCCAGGAGGCCCAGGCCAACCUGAUGAAGUCCAUCCCAGAUCUGAAUGUGUCAGAUACCAGAGAGGAUUCCUCUGAUUCUGCCUCAGGACAGAUGACCUCCACUGCAUCAAAGUCAGAGCAGGACACAGCUCUGGACCUGACACUGCAAGCCUCAGUGGAGCAGCAAGCUCCUCUGUCUGACUCCCAGAGAGACACACCUCCCCAGCUCAGUGAGGAGGUGGACUCCACCGAGCCACAACCCCCACACACAGCUCCAGCUGCAGCCUCACAGCUUCCUGUAGCAGCUGUGGAGCCUCCUCCUUCAGCUUCUCCAUUAGCUGCUCCCACAGCUGCUCCCUCAGCUGCUCCCUCAACUGCUCCCUCAACUGCUCCCACAGCUGCGCCUUCAGCCUCUCCCAGCACAGAGCGCAGCAGCCGGCCACAGGUGGAGAAACCCCGGCGCACCAGUGUGGACAGAGAGAUGAAGCAGAGUCCAGACAGGGCUGGCAAGUCUCCUCCUCCACCUCCUCCACGAAGGUUCCAUGCUGUCAGCUCAGGUCUGACCACAGGAAGGUCAGGGGAGGUGAUUAUCACCACCAGGAAAGAGCCGCUUGGAGCCCAGGACGAAGGUGGGAAGGAGAAAGACAAAGGACCACCUGUGGUUCCUCAGCCUAAGCCCCCAAGACAGCCACCAGAGGUCAAACCCAAGCCCCAGAUGUGUGCUCCUGCACCUCCCGCUAGUUCCACCUCCACUGCUUCAACAUCCUCAGCACACAGGGAGGACGAGGAGGAAGAGGAGGAGGACAACAAAUUCAUGAAAGAGCUGCAGGUGUUUCAGAAAUGCACUGUGAGAGAUGUAGGGAGCAGAGGUAUGGUUGAACUCUCAGCCUCUGAGCUCCAGAGCAGAGAGAUUGAGUCUCAGGUUACGACAGAACUGUCGGAUAAGAAUAAUUUGCCAGGUGGAAAUAAGCAAUGGAAAGGAGAGGUGAGGACAACUCAGACAUCACAGGUGGCUAAUCUGAAGCCUUCUGAGUUAACAGCAUUUUACCACCUGUCAGCUCCUCAAACGAGAAAAACAAAUGGCUGCCCUCAUAAAUUCGUAACAGCAGUUGGACUGGAAGAACACACUGACGUUAAGAAAGACUAUUUAAAACCUGAUAAGAAGAAGGAAGCAAAGGAAAAUGUGAUUAUACUAGUGUCUUCCUUUAACUGUGCAACAGUAGAGAAGUUGGAGGUACCCACACAUGUAAAUUUAAAAGAUGUUCAGACUGUCCAGAAGGAUGAGGAGGGACCAACACUAACCCAAAAGCAAGCAGAGAAGAUGGAGAUACUUCCAGUAAUAACUUCGCCAAAAGAAAGUGAUCUUCCUGUGAAAAGUCCUGAUCAGAUUAACAAGGGGGUUGUUGGACAGGUGUGCUCCCCGACUGCGGCAGAAAAGAAGGUCAAGUUUACAACCAUUGUUACUCUACAAAAAGAAAACUUCCAAGCUACCGACUCGACGAGUCCUGACAAGACGAAUGAAAAAGUUGUCAAAGAGGUACCAGCUGACAAGAAGUCAAAUUUGAUGGUAGUUGUAACUUUACAAAAAGAAAACACCCCAGAGGAUAGCUUGAUAGAGUCCCAGCAGGAUAAGUCACGGAGCCCUGAUCAGGAAUGUGUAACUUCUACUCCUGUCAUUAAACUCCCCCCUCUUUCACCCGGCUUGACUAACAGCCACAGCAGCAAGCAGCACAACCAGGAGGCGACAGUGCAAGUAUCCAGAGAGCAAUCUCCUUCACCCAGCUUGACUAACAGCUACAGCAGCACACAGCAGAACCUGGGGGCAUCAGUGCAAGUAUCCAGGGAGCAAUCUCCUUCACUCAGCUUGACUAACAGUCACAGCAGCACGCAGCAGAAACUAGGGGUAUCAGUGCAAGUAUCCAGAGAGCAAUCCCCUUCACCCAGCUUGACUAACAGUCACAGCAGCACGCAGCAGAAUCUAGGGGCAUCAGUGCAAGUAUCCAGAGAGCAAUCCCCUUCACCCAGCUUGACUAACAGUCACAGCAGCACGCAGCAGAAUCUAGGGGCAUCAGUGCAAGUAUCCAGAGAGCAAUCUCCUUCACCCAGCUUGACUAACAGUCACAGCAGCACGCAGCAGAAUCUAGGGGCAUCAGUGCAAGUAUCCAGAGAGCAAUCCCCUUCACCCAGCUUGACUAACAGCCACAGCAGCACGCAGCAGAACCAGAGGGCAACAGUGCUAGUAUCCAGGGACCAACCUGUUUCACCAAGCUUGACUAGCAGCCACAGCAGCACGCAGCAGAACCAGAGGGCAACAGUGCUAGUAUCCAGGGACCAAUCGCAAUACACAGAAGAAGAAGGUAGCCUGAGCCCCGAUAUUGGAGACAAUGAGGGACCUCCUCCUCCACCACCUCCGACUGGUAAAAUCAGCCUUAGAAUCGCUAGGAGCAAGAGUCCAAGAGUCAAGAAACAGGAAGACCCAGGAAAAAUGAGUGCCCCUGACACAGACACUGUAUCUGAGGACAGCACCGGUGAACACACUUAUCUGGGGCAUGAGAACGAAGGCUUUGAUGACAGUGAUGACUUUGAUAAGAAACCUAUUAUCGUUAUUUUGAAUGAACCUAUGGACAUUCAAUCAGCCUACAAGCGUCUGUCGACCAUCUUUGAAUAUGAGGAAGAUCUUGAUGGGAUUCUCUCAGCAGAAAGUAUUGUAGAUGAAGAGGACACAAUACAGGAAGACGAGAAACAAGACAUGAGAAAAUUUCGCAUCACCAAAAUAGAUACAGGCUCAGACCAUAAAGACACCACAGGAAAUGGUCACAAUUCUCUAAAUAUGCAACACCAAAGACCUUCAGCAGAUAACAGCACAAUUUCUAAAAACCAAGACCAGGGCAAACCAGACUUGCUUAAAAAGCCAGAGACCAAAAGGAAAUUCAAAUUUAAGUUCCCUAAAAACAAACUGGCUGCAAUUAGCCAGGCCAUUCGAACAGGGACAACCAAAACAGGAAAGAAAACACUUGAGGUUGUUGUCUAUGAAGAAGAGGAGGAGAUAGCAUCAGAUAGCAAGCCAGUGAAGGAGACCAAGAAGCAGCCAAAAGAAUCUAAGAGGUUUGAGAUCAACAGUACCAAGCAAUUCAACUUUGGUGAAGACAAUGCCUGUGACAUGGACUUCAAGUUCUCCCCUCCCUCUGCUACCAGAUACUCAAAGUCACAUACCCGGGUAGAGAAGCUCUGCAAGAAUGCGUUUGAAUCUAUUGACAGUCUAGAAGAGUCCAUCAAACAGUUGGAAAUCAGUGUGGACAGUAUCUCUCCCCCUUCUUCCCCAUCCAGCGUUGUGUCUUCAUCUCCUCGGUCUCCAGAUUCUUCCUUUGACUCCACUGACCGAGCUCAGCGUAAAGGCAAAGUCAAACGAGAAAGGGAGAGAAGCCCUUCCAAGAGGCCGGCCUCUCAGAUCCUCAAGGGUCCAAAUCCACCUCAGAGUAAGAGGGCCAAACCGCAGCUUGCACAGGACACAGGGAAAACCUCCACCAAGAAACAGAGCUCCAGCAGCACCUCCAGCUCCUCUUCUCAGCGAUCCCACAUGAAGGCUCGCCACUCCUCCUCCUCCUCUGGCUCACCAGAGAAGACACCCAAGGGUCAGCAGCAGGCCACCCAGAAGCAGCCCAGCCAGGCUAACAGCAGGAGCAGUAGAGCAGCCGGGGAUAGUAACCAUUCUGUCGUUGCUUUGCGUGCCUCUAAGAUCCCAGCCUUGUGCCAUAGCUCCGGGAAACACCCGUCUGCCUCUCUGUCCACUCCUCACUGCUCAGACACCACCGAUAGCUUCCAAAUCCUCUCCUCCUCUUCCUCCUCUUCUGCUUCUUCACCUUCAGCUUCUUCCACAUCCCCCUUGGGGAAACACUCUCUUCUGUCUCCCCCUUCAAACGUUUCCAAGUGUCCUUCCCAUCCGUCUUCUCCUUCUUCGGCCCAGAAUUCCCGGCAACAGGCUUUCUUAUGUCCCCUCUCCUCUUCCCUCUUGGUGAAAAACUCCUCUGUUUCUCCAUCAGGCUCUCCACCUCGCUCCCCCUCUCCAUCCUCGCCCUCUUUCUCCCCUCCUCCUCACAAGUCUUUUAUCCCAUCUCUGAAUCUGAGUCGUCUCCUUCCCUCGUCCAGCCACGUCUUGUCGCCAUCCCACGCUAACGUCAGCCAGGCCCACCACGGGCCUCGCAGCAGCAACAAACGCCAGCACCGCCUCGUCCUCACCUCUACCUCCACCUCCACCUCCACCUCCAGCACCACCUCCACCUCCCAACACAGUUACUACUCUUCAUCCUCCUACUCUUCAUCCUCACCCUCCUCCUCGUCCACUUCUUCCUCCCUGUCCCCGACCUCUUCUUCCUCCUCCCCUCCCUCCCCAUCCUCCUCCCUCCUCCCCACCAUGGUGAGUCAUGGGGUGAGGAGCGUCCGAAUGUCAGCCUCCAACCCUGGCUCUCCGGCCCGCGGCAAGAAACGCACCGGAAACCAAGCUGGCCGAGCCCUGCGCACGGCAGCGGCAGCCUCAAAGGAUGCGGUGUGAUGUUUUCAUCUACAAUUUAGGCUUUAUAAAUGUGUAAGUGUAGAAGGGAAUGUGUGGGGCAUACCCAAGUGAUGAAAAAAGCUAAUUGCACUGUGUUCCUACAGCAAUAUUGUGUGAUGUUUACCUUUUGACAUUUUUAGAUGGGUUGUGGACAAAGAUUAGGCUUGUUAAACCUCUCAUUUUAAGUCCAAACCACACUAGUGCCAUAUGACAUGCAUCUAGACAGUCACCCCUAGAGCCCUACCAAUACAUUGGCGUGGUUGAGAUUACAGGCUGUCUUUAUCUUAUCACAAAUAUUUCUCUUCUGUCAUAACACAGUACAGCACAGGGAUACCAAAGAUAUACUGACGUAAAUUAAAACUGGCAUUCUCUAGUGAACCACAUCAUUUGUUCACUAGAGAACACUGUUUAUUUUAUUUUAAAAUGUCCCACUGAUAGUCGUUUUCCUUUAAACUAGCUCUGGUUCUUGAACCACUUCUGUUCAGGAUUCUUGAAACCUUGGUGCUAUCUAGCAAAUUAGCCCGCAUUUUGUAGCUAGUCAGUAAACUGAUGUAAUCACGGAUGUGUCAUCAAUGGAGGGUGUUGCACAGUGCACAAAGGAAGUAAACAGUAGUUGCAAGAUGUCAGAUCACAUUGAUGACCUGUGAGCUGUUACCAUUGAUAGUAAUGAACAAAAAUUUAAAUGCAACACUUUUUUUUGCUCCCUUUUUUCUACAGUUUGAAGUUAAAGAGCUCAGACUUUUUCAUGCACUCAAGAGAUAUAUUUCUUUUAAA